CAAAACAACUGAAAGAAAAUUGUAAGGAAGUGAGUUCGCACAUUAAUGUCUUUCUUGAAGACUGUGUACAGUUUAAACAGACUCUCCUGUUGAAUGGGAGAAGUAGCGUGUGUGAGUUCACAGCUGUCAUCUAUAACCUCCGUGUGCGCCUCACCCUCGGCGUUAUAAACAAUGCGUUUGCUCGCCGUCGGCGGCCGUGUGUUUCUAACACAGCCGUUAAACCCGGGGAGCGGAGCCGCGUGUCUGCUGCAGGGCCUCAGGUACACAACAACCCGGCCGAAAAACUUCACCGACUACCAGAGUCUGAUACACAAACCCCAACCGCGCAGUCCUGCACUCUUCAACUUCACUAAAGAUGUGCUGGACGUGUGGGAGAGAAGAGAGAAGGCUGGUGAGAAGUCGUCUUGGCCCGCACUGUGGUGGGUUAAUGAUCAACAUGAAGAGAUCAAAUGGAGUUUUGAAGAGCUGGGCUUCUACUCUCGAAAACUAGCUAACGUUUUGGUCGGUGAAUGCGGUUUGGUAAGGGGAGAUCGAGUCCUUCUCAUUCUUCCAAGAGUCCCAGAGUGGUGGCUGGUUAAUAUUGCAUGCCUCAGAACAGGUACGGUUCUGAUCCCUGGAACAUCCCAGCUUACAGCCAGAGACAUCCUACAUCGAUUACAGGUCUCUCAAGCUAAGUGUCUGAUCACAGAUGAGAGUAUGGCAUCACUAAUGGAGGCUGUGACACCACAGUGUCCCACAUUGACUUCUAAGCUUCUGCUUUCUGACAAAGAGCGGCCAGGAUGGGGCAACCUUACAGCAGUAAUAGGGAGCGCUUCUGCUGAACAUGUGUGUGUGGACACGAGAAGUGACGAACCUAUGACCAUCUUCUUCACCAGUGGAACCACUGGGUCUCCCAAAAUGACUGUUCAUAGCCACUGUAGCUACGGCCUAGGCCUUACCAUCAAUGGCAGGUACUGGUUAGAUCUGACUGAUGGUGAUGUGUUUUGGAACACCUCAGAUACAGGCUGGGCUAAAUCUGCAUGGAGCAGCGUAUUUGCUCCCUGGACUCAGGGAGCAUGUGUGUUCAUACACCAUAUGCCACGCUUCGACACCAACACUGUCCUUAAGACUCUCUGCAGGUAUCCCAUCACCACUUUCUGCACUGCUCCAACAGCUUAUCGGAUGUUAGUACAGGAGGAGCCAUCCAGGUUCCAGUUUCAGGCUCUGGAGCACUGUCUGUGUGCAGGAGAGCCUAUUAACCCUAAGGUGAUGAGUAAAUGGAGAGAACUUACAGGCCUUGAUAUCUAUGAGGGAUAUGGGCAGACUGAAACUGUUUUGAUUGCGGGCACAUUCAAAGGUAUGGAGAUUAGACCUGGUUCUUUUGGCAAGGCAUCACCAGCUUAUGAUGUGCAGGUUGUAAAUGAAGAAGGAAAUAUUGUUGCUCGGGGAGCAGAAGGAAAUCUGGCUAUCAGAGUGAAACCAGAUAGACCGUUCUCUCUCUUCACUGAGUACCUGGGAGAGCCAGAGAAAACAGCAGAGUGUUUCCGUGGUGAUUUCUACCUUACAGGUGACAGAGGGAUAAUGGACCAGGAUGGAUAUCUGUGGUUUGUUGGCAGAGCUGAUGAUGUUAUACUGUCUGCAGGAUAUCGUAUUGGCCCAUUUGAGGUGGAGAACGCUUUAAUAGAACAUGAGGCUGUGGCUGAGUCAGCUGUGGUCAGCAGUCCUGACCCAAUUAGAGGAGAGGUAGUGAAGGCAUUUGUUGUGCUUACUUCACAACAUAAACACAGAGACCAAAAUGAACUAACCACAGAACUGCAAACACAUGUGAAGAACAUCACAGCUCCAUAUAAAUACCCUCGCAAGAUUGAGUUUGUGGACCAGCUUCCCAAGACAGUGAGCGGUAAAAUCCGGAGAGUGGAAUUGAGGAGGAAGGAAUGGGGACUGCCAUAACUACCAUAACUGUACUCCCGUGUCAUUCUUAAGAACUAUUUACACUUCCUGAACGGAACUGGGAGCAGAUAACAUGACAACAAUUUAACAUACUAUGACACAAACUGCCAUUUAUUAUGGGGCUCAAAUGAACAUUUGACAAAUGAACAUGUCAAGCUUUGUGAUGAUUAAUAAGGUAGUUGUGCUUUCACAAUGCAUUAGAGAAAUAUUUCAGCAUUUUUAACCUACCACAUCUUAAGCAUAUGUGAUAAGUACAAUCUGAAAAAUGUUUGGAAAAAAUCUGGAAAUGUUUAACUCACUUAUAAUGUCUUGAAUGUAUUAGCUUGAAUUAUUUUUCCUUUAGUAGUUAUAUAUCUUAAAUAGCCACUUCAUUUUGUUCAGGGUCGUCUUGAACUUAGAACUCAUCCCAGUUACAACACUCUUUCACUCAUUCACUACUAGGGGUAAUUUCAUGUAGUCAAUCCACCUACUGGCAUAGUUUUUAAGAAGUGGGAAGAAGUUGGAAAACAUGAAUAAGAUCACAGUAAAACUAAAGCUGAAAUCAAACUGAUGACGUUGGAGGUGACAGCUGCUCACUGCAUCACUAUGCCUUGCAUUUACUAUUACAGGGACAAAAUUUUUUAAGGUUUAUUGACAUUAUCAUUUAUUUUUUUAAAGAAUUUAUUGGUUUAAUUAUACCCUGCCUGGACUAAAAAAAUCACCACUUUAAUAGGGUCAAAUUAUUCUCCUUCAUCAAGUAGCAAAAACAAAAGAUCGAUUUGAAACGACUGAAAUUGAAUUGUGUUGAAGAACCCUUCAGCAUAUUAUUUAAACCUGUCAGGGCUAUGCUGAACCUUCAACUUCAUUGAAGAAAUGUGGUCAGAAAAAAUGACUGGAGAUUACUUAAACUUAGUCAAGUUGCAUGGUAAAAAACUGAUUGUAGAAAUCAAGUGUAUAUUGAAAGUAAGAGGACUUCCAUAUGCACAAUGUGACAAGAACUUGCAAGACUGACUAACCAGCAUGCUUGACCAGCAUGUUUUUUUUGUUUGUUUUGUUUUUGCAUAAGAAAACCACUUGUGCUAUUGAGAAUAAUUAUGUAAAACACUUAAUUUUGCUAGGGGCAGAUUAAGUCCAGAUUGACCCUUUAUCAGAGCGAGGAGCAUGUCAGGGUUAAAAGGGAAGAUUAGGAAAAAUGAUGCACCCAUCAUGUAUAGUGGCCACUGUACAAGCUCCUGGAUGCAGUGAUAUGAUCUGUGGUUGAUUCAGCUGGUCAGGUCUAGACUCAGGUUUAAAAAGGAGGCAGCUGAUGACCUGAAUCUACUGACCAGGUUAUUACAUCUAUGGGCUUUUUUCUCCUAAACAUGGAAUAUUUUAUAACUGGCACAGGCAUAUUCCAGGAUUUAAAUUGUGAAAGUAUUGUUCUAGAUGCAUUAAGACUCAUUUUCACACAUGAAUUCACCACCACACCACACCACAAUCAAAGCUAAAGGCUGGAAAUGAAAUCUCGGUGUGUACCUUACAAAAAAAAUGACACCACUGGGCCAGGUUGGCUGCAGGACUAGCAUUGGGAACAUGUGUAGUAAUAUAGAACAAUUUUGUUUUCAAUUUUUCUUAGAGGAGGACAGUCUCUCAAUCAUAUAAAGAAUGAAAUAAUUCCACUAGGUAAUUCCUGAGACAUUUUCAGAUACUGACGUGUGAUAUUUUCAUCUCCCUGCAGAGGGAGACAUUCAAUCGGAAACAUUUUAAUCAGAAAUGAUUUGAGUUCAGGUCUUAGCCUAUAAUCUGUGUCCUCAAUAAAAGGAAACCUGAUAAAGAAAAUUUUAAUUGUUCAUGCAGUGGCCAGUUGUUAAUUUAGACCUGGACAAUUGUUAACACCUGAUUGUUGUGCAUGAAUGUUGCCUAAUAAAGUACCCUGUAAGUGUUUUAUA